AUGAAAUGUGAAGAUAAUAAAGAUAAUUCAGAUGAAAUUUAGAGAUUGAAGUAAUCUUAUUUAUAUAGAAAUUUCUGUGGUUUAUAACUUGAAAUUAAAUAAAUAUAUUUGAAACUAUUCGAAGAGAACAUAUAAUAAGCAAUUUAAUAAUAAAAUUAAAAGUAGAUUGAAAUUUCUGAAAAGUAGAUUGAGAUUUCUGAAAAGUAGAUUGAGAUUUCUGAAAACUACAUAGAAUAUAUUAAUUCAGAAUAUCAAAUUUACAUUUAAGAUUUACAAUAAUAAAAUAUUGAACCUAAUGAAUAUUUAUUGGAAUAUCAUUAUAUACCAAUUGAAGAUGAAAUAUUUAUAUAAUCCAAGAAUAACAUCAAAUUCAUCAAUUAAGGUGAUCUAGAUUUUUAUGAAUAAUCCAAUUUAUUUAAGAAAACAAUAUAAAUUGAUACAAUCAAAUUUAAUAAUAAAAAUAUUAUGCAUUUAAAAUAAUUUUAGAUAAUAACCUAUUAAGACAAAUAAGAAAUAGUUCAAGAAAGAUUUUCAUAUUUUUUAAAGUUCAAAGAUGAGAAAGAUAAUUAUAAAUAUAACCAAAAUAUAUCUGAUCCAGAAUUUCGUAUACUAAAUAAUCCUAAAAUGAUGCUAAAUACCAAUAUUAUAGAUGGAUAUAUGAACUAUUUAUAAAUUCAAGAUGAAAUUAAUUAUUUCUCCUUGCCUCCUAGUAAAAGAAAAUAAUAUAAAAGACUAAUUUUAUUUCCUUCAUCUCUCAUAACUAAUUGCAUAUUAAGAUAAUAAGAACCUAAAAAAUAAGAAUUUAUUAAAUCGAAAUUUUUAUGUCUUUUUUUAGAACAGAUUAAAUAAUUUAGUGCCAUCUAAUACAAAUUUUGGCGGAUAUAUUAAAAGAUUGGAUUUGUAGUUAAUAGUUCAAAUUUUCAUUGGUAAUUUAUCGAAGUGAAAGUAGAUGAUAGAUUGCUUGUUUUAUAUGAUUCUUAAUUCACACAUCUAUCUUCAUAAGUAGUAUUCUUUUUUAAUACAGUAUUUUAAGCUCUUACUAAAGACAUGAAUUUUUAAUUUUAAGUAGAAAAAAAAUAGAAUUUUCUAAAAUAGUGGGAUGGUACAAGUUGUGGAUAUUAUGCAUGCAUAGCUGCUAAUUAUUUAAGCUAAUUAUAGUUGGAUGAAAAUAUAAGAUAUAAAAUCAUGACACAAAUGAGAUUUGAACUAUUGGAAUUAUUUUUUCCAAAUAGAAAUUUGACGAUUAAUGAUAAUAUAUCUAAUUAAUAAUGA